AUGGGCAAGUUCAGUUUCAAGAAAGGCGACGAUGAUGACAAUGAUUCUUCCCGAAAUGCUCUUUUCGGUUCCCGAUCCUCGAAGAACAAAUCCCCCGCUCCCCCUUCACAGAAUCCAUAUGCACAGACUGCAGUCCCUCCAGACGCUUAUACAAGGGCUAAAAUGAGCGCGGGAGUUGCUCAACCGCCACCUGGAGGUUUUCAACAGGGUAACUACGGUGGUGGUCUUCCGGCUCCUGGCCAGCAGAGACCUGGCUACGGCGGCGGCAAUCCAUAUGCGGGGGGGCCUCCAGAUCGUUACGGCAGUGAUAACAAAUAUGGACAAUCACAGGGUGGUCAGGGGGGCUAUGGUGGUGGUUCUGGGGGAGGGUUCUCUUCUGACAAGUUCGGCAACCAGAAUGGAUACGGCGGUGGUAGUGGCGGCAACCCCUACGCGAGCGCUCAGCAGACUGGUGGAAUGCUGCGGCAAGGUGGUUAUGGAGGUCUGGGACCUAGUAACGCUACUGAGCCAGACAGCAACAGAGACGAACUGUUUGGCGGAGCACGUGAACGAGCUGAGCAGAGACCACAAAAUUCUGCUGGAGGGCCCCCUGGCUAUCAAUACAAUAACCCCGACGGCAAUGCGGGCGGUGAUCGAAGUUACGGAGCAUACGGUGACAGGCAACUUACAGCGGAGGAAGAGGAGGAAGAGGAUAUCACAGCGACGAAGCAAGAAAUCAGAUUUAUGAAGCAACAGGAUGUGGCAUCAACACGUAACGCUCUGCAGAUUGCCGCACAGGCGGAAGAGAUGGGUCGGAAUACAUUAGCGCGGCUAGGUGCUCAAGGGGAGCGAAUGCACAACACCGACCGGAAUCUCGACAUUGGAAACAACCACGUCAACGUUGCCGAAGAUAAGACGAAAGAACUUAAGACGCUGAACAGGAGCAUGUUCGCGGUUCACGUCAAUAACCCAUUCACGGCGAAAGAUCGACGGGCCCAACGUGACGAGGCGAUUAUGGACCGACACCACCAAGAGCGUGAGCUCCGCGAGGCGUCGCGAGAACAAGCAUUCCGUAGCACGCAGAGGAUGAACCAGAAUUUCAAGGGCCUAGACGAGGCAGGUGCGGGAACCAGGACCAAGACCAGCCUCGCCGAGCGAGCGAAGUACCAGUUCGAGGCCGACUCCGAGGACGAGGGGAUGGAGAACGAAAUUGACCGCAACUUGGAUGACUUGACCGGUGCAGCCAAACGCCUCAAUCUACUCGCCCGUGCCACGGGAGAGGAGGUCGAACAGCAGAACAAGCUAAUCAACCGCAUUGCUGAAAAGGUGAGUGUUCCCCCCCCCCCCCCCCAAGAACGAAAGCCUUCCGCUUGUAACGUGCAGCAUGCUAAUAUUGAUGACAGAGCGACAGAUUCGACGACCGACUGGUGUUCCAGACCGAGAAGUUGA